AUGACCACCAAAAACAAUUCUGGUGACAACCCAUACUUAGCCUGCAGCAGUCCCAAAGAAAAGGCCUUCAGCCAAGUCUUCCUCCCUACCCUCUAUAGCAUUGUCUUCAUUGUGGGGUUCAUUGGCAAUGGCCUGGUGGUGUGUGGUCUGGUCAAGUAUCACAAAAGGUUAAAUAUGACAGAUCUGUGCCUCUUCAAUCUGGCACUUUCUGACAUUCUGUUCCUGAUUUCAUUGCCUUUCUGGGCUCACUAUGCUGCAAUCGCUAGUUGGACCUUCAGGGGCUUCAUGUGCCAUGUAGUGACAGCACUCUACAUGCUGGGAUUUAAUGGAAGUAUCUUCUUCAUGAUCCUCAUGACUGUACACCGCUACGCCAUUACUGUCCAUGUCCAUAAUUCCCACUUCUUCAAGCCCCAAUCUGUGAAAGCAAGUAUAGUGCUGGUUAUGUUUAUGUGGGCACUUAGCAUAGGAGCCUCUCUGCCAACCAUCAUUUUCUCCCAAGCAAAGAAUGAAUCAGGGAGAUGGACAUGCAGGGUGGAAUAUCCACAAGGGACAGCAUGGACAUCAUUCUCUUACAUUGAGCUGAACAUCCUUGGCUUUAUUAUUCCACUCUCAGUGAUGGUGUUCUGCUACUCACGUAUCAUCCCUGUCUUGAUGGCCAUGAAGUCUCAGAAGAAACACAAAGCUGUCAAGCUCAUCUUUGUCUUAUUCACUGUUUUUUUCCUCUUCUGGACGCCCUACAACAUUGUGAUCUUCCUGAAUUUCCUGCAUCAUUUGGGUUAUAUGCACAGCUGUGAGUGGCAUCAGGACCUGUAUAUGGCUAUGCAGUGGGUGGAAACCAUAGCAUUCAGUCACUGCUGCCUCAACCCCAUAAUCUAUGCCUUUGUUGGGCAGAAAUUCAGAAAUUUAAUUCUCAAGAUGCUGAAAGACUGUUUUUUUCUUUGCUUUGGUCAGUGCCCAACGAUUCCCAAUCAGUUCUCAAAGAAGAGGAGCUCACACUCGCAAGAAAUGUACAGCACAAAGAUUGUGUAG